AUGGACUUUCUUGCAGUUCAGUCUAUGAGCGUACCAAGUGAGCAAGCCUUCUCUAUCGCAAGAAACACAAUCAGUCUUACCCAAAAUCGAAUAAAUCCCGAAGUCGCACGCGCAUCCUUAUGCUUGAAAAGCUGGUUCACGGAAUUAGGUGAUAUGUUAAAAGAG